AGCGAAGAUAUUCCUCAGAAGUGUUUUGUGGCUGCACAUAGAUCCAGCGAGUAGCGCGUUUCUUUUGUCGAUCAAGAAGUUCUUUCGAGAUGAAGAAAGCCGGAAUCAUCUUCACGACCUCCCUUGCCGCCGCGUCUUCGCUCGUUUCAUCUUCCUUUACCUAUGAUUACCGAGCCGGAUCUCCCUUUGAUAACGAGGGUUAUCGAUGUACAUCUUAUGAGUCGAAGGAGGCGGGAUCUGGAUCGGUGAGAAUCGGAGACAGUGAUAAGUUUGCUCCGAGGUUUGAUGGGCUGAGAUUUAUUGAAACUUUGGUUACGGCUCACAGGUGAUGGACGAAUUAGAAGUGCUGUUUGAGAUGAUUUACUCUAUAUUUUGAUCGUUUUUUUGCUUACCCUUUUUGUCUGUUCUUUUUCUGACGGAGACUUUGAUAUCAAGGUCCUACUAAAAUUACUGUUGUGUGGUAGGCAUGAGAUAACUACCAGUUUUGUUUGAAAUUAGAAGGGAGUAUAUUGAUAUUGAAAAGAAGAUGAGUUGUUUCUUCUUUAUUGUUCUCGAUUAUUGCUUUGGAUUCGAAUUGAUGAACUAAUUUGAUAUAAAUCACUUUUGCUUAAA